AUCCCUCCAAACUCCGCCUGUUGUACUACAUUUUGUAACCACAAUAUUCAUCUCGUGUCCAGUACAACUACUGUAUAUUAUAAAGUAUAAUAUUAUCCGUGCUAUAAACCAUGAACUACUACUACUAGUAGUCCAUGGUAUAAACCUUGGGUCGUAGACUCGUGGGUCGUGGUUAGUUCAUUGUUUCUUGUAUCAGUGGUUCAACGAAAAUGAUAAAAAAAAUCGUGCUCGAACUCACUAACAUAAUAUAAUAGUACAAAUGUGAUAGUGUGAUAAAAUGUUAAAAUAAUUAAUGAUAACGUUGGUUGUUUCACUCGUUCACGUGUUUGAUACUCACAUAGUCCCAUACAACUCUGGUGGUUGAUCGUUGCCCCAACGGUUGGUGUAAAGUAUUAUAGUAAGUUACUUGUUUGGUGUAUGCGUCUACUUGCAACUUGGAAGUCGGAACAAUAUCCAUCACAGGACACUAUCUGAGUGCAGACUGUAACACUCAUCCAUCAAAUUAUGAUGGAUGUCUCUGUGGAUGUCAAUAGCGAGGCUAGCGAUAGCCUUAAAAUGGCAAAUCCAGCAUGGGCAGAUGCUAUGAGCAAAAUUUUAAAAACAAAAAAACGGAAAGGAAAACCUUUAGUAUUGUCCAAGGCCAAGAUCAUUUCAGAAGCUGACCUUAAUAAAAUAAAACAAGAAAAAGAGGAUGUAGAUGAAUCGUUUGAAGUCGUGGAUAAAGGUGGUCAGAAAGUUGCAAUACCAGUGAAUAUUGAAGAAAUUAAAGAUGAAAAACCAGACUUAGAACAUUCAGAACCUAAAAAACCAAAUCGAAUUCGAAUAAGAGAACAAGUAUUAAUGGGAAGACAAAAACCUUCAGUUAGUGACAGGGUUAAAGAAAAAAAUUUAUCAAAAAUUGCUACAAAGGGUGUUGUACAAUUAUUCAAUUUAGUUAAGCAGCAACAAAAAACUGUGGAGAAGAAAUUGAAAUAUGUAGGACCAUCAAUUUUAAAACAAGAUAAAGUGUUGGAAUCUCUAGAUAAAAAAUCAUUUAUUGAUUCCAUUGAUCAUAGAAAAGAAAAUGAUGAAAGUGGUUGGGAUGUUCUUCGAGAUGAUUUUAUGGGCGGAACUAAAAUUAAAGAUUGGGAUAAACAGAUUGAAAAUGAUAGUGAAGACGAUGGCAUCAAUGUUUAAAUUAAAGUAACAGUUUUUUUUAAAUUUUAAAUACUAUGUACAAUUGAAAAUAAAUGUUACUAUUACCCUAUUGGAUGAAUAUUUGUAAAUACAUUUUUAAACAUUUAAUUGUUUAAAUAAAAUAAAACUUUGACCAGAUAAUGA